AAUAAUGUUCACUAUACUUAUCCUCUAAGCCGUCUAUUUAAAGUACAUUUCACAUCUAAAUUUUUCUAAAGCCAUUACAUGCUCUCUGUUAGUUUCAUUUUGCCUUAAGUUUUUUCUUCUGUUUAAUGACCUUGAACAACAUAUUCAAUAUCUAGACAAACAUCAACACUUAUCUCAAUAGAUGUCAGUCUGACAUCUCCGUAUUUGUUCAGUUAUUCUAGUGCAUAGCAGAAUGACAGGUCCCUAUUUGAAAUUCAGUUUCAUUCAUGAUUCAAGCUAAAGACCUGCUGAAAUCUAAUUUGAAAUGGUGACUGCAUUUCGUGCCUUAUCUUGACUUGAUAUUGGAGGAACUUAGCCUAGCCUAUCCUGGAUUUAGUACUAUAUAAUCAAGGACCAUGUGGAUAUGUUUUAUCAGCGAAGAUUACCUGCAAACAUUGGAUCACCUACAGGAUAGCUAGCACACAAUGAUAAAUUUCUUCUUUAGUUGUUAUAUCUUGGGAUUUGUCUGCUUUCACAGGGUUUUAACUCAGACUGAGCAAGCCCCACCGUGGGAGGAUAUUGUUGCCAUGGAGAAGCAUCAUAUCGAUUUAAUGUCUGCCGUGGAUUGGAAACAGCCUAACGUUACAAAAAUGUAUAGCCCAAAUACCUACAAACUUAAUGAAAUGAAAAGAGAACUGAAAGUAAACAAACAAACAAGACGAAAAGUUCUAGUUAAUUUAAAAAAGUACUCAGACUUCACAGUGCUUUCCACAAUAAAACAAAGGCCUGGAAAUGUAGGAGCAAUCGUGGCACUUUCCGGGAAGAAUAAUGUAUACUUUGAAAUGCAGAGUAAUGGCAGAACUAAUGAAUUGCGUUUAUACUAUCGUCAUGACAACCAAGAUAUUAUCGAAACCUUCCCAGUAGCCCUUGCAGAUGAUAAAUGGCAUACAAUUGCAGUGACAUUUAGCUGGAAGCAAUUGACGAUCCACAUUGAUUGUGUAAAAUUCGCGGAAAGGGUGAUAAAAACAUUAGAUGGACAGUUUUCAGGAGACAAAAUCCGACUUUGGGUGGGCCAGCGUAAUGAAACAGAGCAAUAUUUUAAGGGGGAAAUAAAAGAGGCUAAAAUAGUGUUUGGUUAUUAUGGUUACACCGAACAGUGUCCCAAAGCCAAUACAUCAUGUCUUUCAUGUGGAGAGAUGAAGAUGUUAGAGAGUUCCCUACAGCAGUCAGUCAAGCAGUUGUUGCAGCAUGUACAUAAUCUAACCCAGCAGUUAAAAAAUGCCGAAAGCAAAGUGGACAGUCUAGAAAAACAGUGCAAUAAAGGAUUACCUUGCGUAGUUCCUGAUCAUUCACAGAUAGGUGGCGUUAAAACAUAUAAAGAUGGCGCUGUUUGGAAUCCAGUGACCAAUCAGAAAAAUGCAUCUUCUUGGCUUCGAGACCCCUGUGUAGAGUGCAAGUGUGAGGAAGGCGGAGUGGAAUGUUACAAGGUAUACCCUGAUGAGUGUAGAAAAAGUUGUUGGCACAAUGGCACUGAAUAUAUCCAUGGAAAGAUAUUUAAAUGCAGCGCGGAAAGCGGGGAAAAGGACUGUAAAUGUGACAAUGGAAAAGAAAUUCGAAUUGAAAAACCUAAUCAGGUUACUACUACAGAGGGUUUUGACCCUUGUGACCAUUGCCCAGAAAACAGUGAGUGUAUUAACAAGAACUGUCUUUGUCUCAGCGGUUACUUCAACAGCAGUCAUGAGUGUAAAGAUGUGAAUGAAUGUCUCCUUGGCAAGUGCCACGCCAAUGCAACAUGUACUAACUUACCUGGCAGCUAUAAAUGCACAUGUUAUGCUGGUUUCCAUGGCAAUGGGUUUAACUGUACACCUACCUGUAGCAAGAAAUGUGAUAAUGGAGGGAUUUGUGUGCUACCAGGUGUUUGCCAGUGUCCUCCUGGCUACACAGGACCAGAUUGUAAUGAAGAUGUUGAUGAGUGUUCGCUAAAACUUCAUCAUUGUUCGAAAAAAUCAAAAUGUGAAAAUCUCCCAGGGUCAUAUGUGUGUCGUUGUCGUCAUGGUUACCAUAGUGAGAAGACACAUCUGACGAACCAUGAAAUUGGUGAUAAAUGUAAAGCUAUAAACCAAUGCAAAAGUGGCGAACACACCUGCAGUGGUGAUAGACAAUGUCGCAAUAUACGUGGCAGAUACAAAUGCAGAUGCAAAACUAAUUUAUGUAAUCCAAAUUGCUUUAACAACCAAGAUGGAGGCUUACUUCACUAUAAUGCAACCUGUUGGAAACAUCCCAGUGAAUCUUGUAAAAUAUGCCAGUGUAAGGAAGGAGAGACAAGUUGCAGUAAGAUGCAAUGCGAUUGUGAAAGUAGUGAUGUUGAUCUCCAUUGCUGCCCCAAGUGUACCCCCAAAGACUCUAAAAUAAAGUGUCGUCACCAUGGAAAAGACUAUGAACAUGGCCAUAUUUGGCAUCAUAAAUGUGAAAAAUGUGAAUGUUUGGCUGGUGAGGUUAGCUGUACGUCUAUAGAAUGUCCUGUUCUCCACUGUGAAUACUAUAAAAAGCAUCCAAAUGACUGUUGCCCUAAAUGUUCUCACCAUGACAACAAUAUAGAACAUCUCCAAGCAACAACUGAUAAUAAACAUUGCACAUUACCAAAACAGAAGAAAGUAAACCAUGGUAGCCUUGUAGAAGUUUCUUAUACAGACCCAUGUGUUAAUUAUUUUUGUUUGGAUGGCAAGGUUUAUGCGACAUAUAAUCAGACAUGUUCAGGUGAACCUUGAGUACCGAUUUACGACUUCUUGAGGAAUCACAGAAUCGUCAUGACGACAUCAUAACACCUGACAGAGGAUGAGAUCAGACAAAUAUGGUGAUGAAAGAACCUACACCCGAUUGGAGUCAAGCAAGUCAGUGUAUGAAUCAGGGUGGGCAUAAUCCCAGUGAUCAGACGACAGAAAUGAUUGCCCCCCAGUUAAUUGUUGUCCUUAUCUGUUUGUAUUGUCCUGACAACAGACAACAAUUGUCCUGACAACAGAAAGACAAAGCACCAAGGCAACGAACACUAG